GACCUGGUGACGUGAGGAGCGUUCCAUUCGGCCAGCGGUGGGCGGCUGCCACAGCUGGUUUAGGGCCCGGACCAUUGGGGCCCCUUGUCAGGAGGAGGCAGCCUUCGGGCUGGGGAGUAGUCGCUGCCACCUCGGGCGGCCGACGCGGUCCCCUGGGACAGUGCACUUCCUGGCCUCGUUUCCCCGCUGAGUUCGCUCUCCGGGGUUCAGGCCCAGCUCUCCUCCUUCCUGGUCUCUCUGCUCCCGCUGGUCUGGUUUAUCAGGAGGAGAUUGUUUUCCAGGGCUGGAAAUUGGACUUUUGAUGAUGUUUGACCCGGCGGCAACAAUAGCAGGCAACGUGAUUUCAAAGCUGGGCUCAACUUCUGUUUCUUCCCGCUUGUAAUCAUAAAGCCCAUUUUGGACCAGGAAUUCCAAUCAUGUCUGUGAUGGUGGUGAGAAAGAAGGUGACACGGAAAUGGGAGAAGCUCCCAGGCAGGAACACCUUCUGCUGUGAUGGCCGAGUCAUGAUGGCCCGGCAAAAGGGCAUCUUCUACUUGACCCUCUUCCUCAUCCUGGGGACGUGUACACUCUUCUUCGCAUUCGAGUGCCGCUACCUGGCUGUCCAGCUGUCUCCUGCCAUCCCUGUGUUCGCUGCCAUGCUCUUCCUUUUCUCCAUGGCUACACUGUUGAGGACCAGCUUCAGUGACCCUGGAGUGAUUCCUCGGGCCCUACCAGAUGAAGCAGCUUUCAUAGAAAUGGAGAUAGAAGCUACCAAUGGUGCGGUCCCCCAAGGCCAGCGACCACCCCCUCGCAUCAAGAAUUUCCAGAUAAACAACCAGAUCGUGAAGCUGAAGUACUGUUACACAUGCAAGAUCUUCCGGCCUCCCCGGGCCUCUCACUGCAGCAUCUGUGACAACUGCGUGGAGCGCUUCGACCAUCACUGCCCCUGGGUGGGUAAUUGUGUUGGAAAGAGGAACUACCGCUACUUCUACCUCUUCAUCCUUUCUCUCUCCCUCCUCACCAUCUACGUCUUCGCCUUCAACAUCGUCUAUGUGGCCCUCAAAUCCUUGAAAAUUGGCUUCCUGGAGACAUUGAAAGAAACUCCUGGAACUGUUCUAGAAGUACUCAUUUGCUUCUUCACACUCUGGUCCGUCGUGGGACUGACUGGAUUCCACACUUUCCUUGUGGCUCUCAACCAGACAACCAAUGAAGAUAUCAAAGGCUCAUGGACAGGGAAGAAUCGUGUUCAGAAUCCCUACAGCCAUGGCAACAUUGUGAAGAACUGCUGUGAAGUGUUGUGUGGCCCCUUGCCCCCCAGCGUGCUGGAUCGAAGGGGUAUUUUGCCACUGGAGGAAAGUGGAAGUCGGCCUCCCAGUACUCAAGAGGCUAGCACCAGCCUCUUGCCUCAGAGCCCAGCCCCGACAGAACAUCUGAGCGCGAACGAGAUGCCGGAGGAUACCAGCACUCCUGAAGAGAUGCCGCCCCCAGAGCCCCCAGAGCCCCCGCAGGAGGUGACCGAAGCUGAGAAGUAGCCCGUCUGUGGAAGAGACUUUUGUUGUGUUCAAUUAGGGCUGUGAGAGAUUUAAGGGGAGAAGAUAAACCCGAGACAAAGAGCAAGUAAGCUGUCCCUGUUACUGUUUUUCCUUUGGUCUUUAUUCACCCAGUUGUAAACUGGCAUUUUCUUGCUGCAAACUUUUUUUAAGUUCUGGACUCCAAGCAGUCACAGAAGAUGUCAGUCACCUCUGGUAACUGGACAAACGGGUCCCUUGGACCCUGGCCCUAGUUUUCCAUGGCCUCAGCCGCGGAGCCUCCUCACACUCCCCUCUCUCCCCUCCAGAUCCCAGCUCUCCUGCCUGGGGUCACUGGCCCGAUGCUGGGGUUAAAGGUUCUUGAGACUGGCUCAGGUCCUCUCAAGCUGCUGCACACCGUGAAUCCAGAGGCAGUCAGAGAGCUCUGGCUGGGGAAUUGGAACUGGAUUCUGGAGGCCUUCAGAGUAGAGGAGGAUGGACAGUGGAGGGAGGGCUCUCCUGGCUACUAAGUGCCAACAUUGCCAGCACAUCCUUUCAGGAAUGGGGCAGAUAGCUCCCACUCGUAUUACUUAUGUAGCUUCUCUUGUGUCACCUGUCCACUCUCUAACACCCGAGCCCACUCUUUUCCAGUGAGAUGUAUGUAAGUAGUUGCAGUAUAGAUAACAAUUGCCAUUUCUCGUAGACUACCCAGAAACUUCCUAAUAUCCGUGCCAUUCUCAGCAAGAACUUAGGAGAUGCCAGCGGCAUGGCUCCUCGCACUCCCUGUCUCAUCUCUCCUCCUCUCUCAUUAGCCCCUUUUCAUUUGUUUCCCUUCUGACUCUUGCUCCCGUCAGGAGCAGGAACGGCAGUAAUAAGAGUCUGCACUUCAGUGGUUCCUUUUCCUCAGAGGAAGCCCAAGUGCUCGCUGAAACACUACCCCCUCAGACUCCCUGUGUGCGGCCCGCCGAGGCCCUGUAUGCACAAAUGGGGAAACCAAGGCACAGAGAGGCUCUCCUCUCCUCUCCUCUUCCCCUUAUGUCCCCUCAAAAAGGAAAAAAGGAAAAAAAAAAAAAAAAAAAAGAAUAACCAGUACUUCCAUUAGGCCUCGGCUGCACGAGGCGGGAAAGGCCCGCACUGCUGCCCUCCCGGGUGACCCACUCCAAGGCUUUGGCCCACCUCGGGCUUGGUAACCACACCCGGGGCUUCCUCCGGGCCCCGCUCUUCCAGCACUUCCACCGGCAGAGUCCCAGAGCCGCUUGCCCCUGGGGGUGGGCUGCGGCCCCCAGCCAGCUCUGCUCAGGACCUGCUCUAUUUCAGGGAAGAAGAUUUAUGUAUUAUAUGUGGCUAUAUUUCCUAGAGCACCUGUGUUUUUCUCUAAGCCAGGGUCCUGUCUGGAUGACUUAUGGGGUGGGAGGGAGUGUAAACCAGAACUUUUAAUCUAUUGGAAGGUGAUUAAACUGUGUCUAAUGCAAA